AUGAUUCUACAUGGCAGCCCCUCCUGGGUAUUCCGUCCAUCCCUGGUGGGUUGUGCACAUCUGGUGGCAGACCGCGGAUGGGCAGCAAGGGAAUGCCUUUGGGUGUGGCGCGAUGUCCGAGAUUGUGUGCAAUUCUGGUAUCGAAGUUGGGUCCAGUUCCAUCCGGGCCUGCAGUGCUGCUGGGUUUGUGCUGGUUCAUGUGGUGGCAGGACACGGACGGACAGCAAGGGAAUACCGGAGUCUAUCACGACAAGAGGUGCGCGAUGGUGUGUGGCCAAUGCUGGGCAGAUGGGUUCGCGAAUGCCGCAGUCGACGGUGGGUGUGGAUGCAAGGUCCGCAAUUCUGUGUGGAAACAUGCGGAAACGUGUUCGUACAAAUCUUGUCGCUGGACGUGGACAGGCAGCCACCGUUGGAAAACAAUACUUCGUGACAGCACUCAACCUGAGGUACUCCUGCGCGUCGCUGAGCCUUGAGCCUAGCGGCACAGCGGUCUGCAGACCAUAA